GGUCGGCUGUACAGGACAGAGCUCAGUGGGGCCACUGCGACUGCACCACCCAGAGAGGGGCAUGUGAGGAGGACAAUAUACACUUUUCAACUGCAGUACUACUUUUGAAGACUCUGACAGAGAGGACAGCCAUGUGUGUGUCCCCAGCAGAGACUCAGCCGUGAGGGACCGGAGAGCUCCCCCACCCCACAGCCCCUACAGCAGUCCCCCGGAGGAACAGGACAGCCCGGAGAGAGCGAGGGAGAGGCUCCAUGCUGAACUAAAGCAGGUGCUGAGUCAGAAGAGAAGCCUGAGAGACAUGGAGCCAGAGCCAGCCGACCAGCACACGAAGGAGGAAGACAUGUCUGAAGAGGUGGAGAUCGUGAUGGAGACAGAGGCGGAGGCAGGAGCAAGUGGCUACAGUGUGACCGGAGGAGGACAUCGUGGGAUCUUUGUGAGAGAUGUUCUCAAAGACUCUCCAGCUGCAAAACACCUCAGUCUGCAGCAAGGAGAUCAGCUGUUGAGUGCCAAAGUCUACUUUGAUAAUGUCAAGUACGAAGAUGCGCUAAAGAUCCUCCAGUGUGCAGAGCCAUAUAAAGUCAGCUUCCAGCUGAAGAGGACAGUCACCCGAGAGGCCCCCAGUGUGAGAGCCCGACUACCCAUUGUAGAGGUCAAAGGGCCCCGUGCCAAAGCGGCUAAACUGAGUGUGAAGGGGAUGAAGCCAUUUAAAACCCAAAAGAAACGAGGAGGUCGCUUUGGCCUGAAGAGGUUGAAAGAAAGGCAUACAGAAGAGACGGAGCAGGAGGAAGGACCCCCCAGUGGGGACCAGAGUGAUGAGGGUGAAGAGUUCUCUCUUCCCAAAAUGAAACACUCCCAGAGUUCCACGGCACAAGCAGGAGCUGCAGGAAAGGGCAGACAGUAUGUCAGGUUCCCCCACAUGAAAGCAAGGGUGCAGUGUGGAGCAGAGUCAGGCCAAACAGAGGAAACAACGCAUGUGGAGAUGUCCGAAGCAAAAGGCAAAGCUCAUGGAAAGGCCCAUAAAUUUGGCAUCCACUUUCCAAAGUCCAAACACACACAGGUGACUGUGCAGCCACCAGAGAUCACCCUCAGUCUACCUGAAGCCAGAGGCCAUGCAGGGGACAAGAGUAGAGCAGAAAUGAGCAAACCCAAAGUAGCUUUGGGGUCAAAUAUCCAUGGAGAAUUGAGUGCAGGGACUGAGAACAUUGAUGUUGGCAAAGGUGCUAAGCUCAGAAUGCCAAAGUUAAAAUUACCAAAGAUUCGACUGUCACGAAAUUCAGAUGACAUGGAAGCUGAUGUGGACAUAAAAGGAGAUGUCAGAAUCUCUCCACCACCCCAAGUAAAGGUGGCUGCAGGUGGCUCAGGGACAGCCUCAGUCAGUGUGUCCAUACCUGAAGGAAGGCCUGGUGUGGAAGUGUCCGCCCCACAAGGCACAGGAGAGGGGAACGUGGUGGUGCCAGCUGUGGACAUCCAUGCGCCUGAUGUCAGUUUGAAUGUGGACACUGGACAGAGAGUUCCUGAUGAAGUGGAAGGCACAUUUAAAUGUCCAAAAAUCUCUAUGCCGAAAGUGGAAUUAUCAGAUGUAGAACACGCUAAAGCAGACGUUACACUGAAAACAGACACUGUAGAUGUAGACAUGGGCCAUUAUGUUGGAGGGGAUGGACAGUUCAAAAUGCCAGAUUUUAAUGUUAUUCUACCCACACUGGACCCACUCAAGACAGAGAUAAAAAUGCAAGAGGAGGAAACAAUUACAUUACCUAAAGUAGACCUGACUAUUCCAAAGGUCAAAAAAGAGACUUGGAAAGCAGAAUAUAAUGAAUUUGAAGUAACCAGGGGACAAGCUGAAAUAAAAACGUCUUCUGUUGAUGUUCCUUCAGAGAUGUCACAUGAAAGCAACCUUAAACUGAGAGGAAGUCUACCUACUCCAUCUGUGAACAUAUAUCAACCAAAUAUGACCAUAACAAACACCAAAGUCAAAGGUACAAUAGAGACAACAGAGGUGCAAUUUCAGGGCCAAUCAACUGAUAUCUCCUUUCCAGGUAUGGUUCAAAAGAGAGGCAAUGUUAACAUUUCAAUGCCAGAGAUUGAAUGUGGAAAAGGAACAGCUUCAUCUAUUGAAAUAGUAUUACCAGAAACAAGACUGAAGGGAGACACUGGAGAACAGAGUCUGUCUACAGACAUAUCCCUUCCGGGUGUCAAAUUACCUGAAGCAAAGAUGCACUUUCAAGGGCCAAAAGUUGAAAGUGGGGCUGGAUUGCCAAAAAUUGAUAUGUCAAAGAGAAAAUCAAAAGAAGAAACUGAAGUUGACAUUAGUUUUGAUGGAAAAGUAUCUAAAGUGGACAUUUCAUCACCAACACUCAAUAUAGCACCAGCAGCUAUAGAAGUGGAAGGGCCUGAGAUGAAGGGAAGGAAAAUACAAAUGCCAGACAUUGACCUUUCCCCUUCCAAAGAAAAAACAGAUAGAUUGGGGACAGGCAUAAAAUUUCCACAUUUCAAAUUACCUACAGUUGACAUUUCUGCUCCCCAAGUUGACUUAGAUUUUGGUCAUUCAAAGCAAAGUGAUGAUGUAGAAGUGGAGCUGCUGCAGGCAGAGGGCAGCAGACCUUCUUCAGGGGGUAGUUAUGAUCCGCCCAAUAUUUCUCCAAGAUCGCUGGAAGUUGGCGGAAAGAAAAAGAUUAAGGGAAAGAAAAAAAAAAUAAAACUGCCUUCAUUUGGGUUUUCCAAGAAUAAAGCUGACAUAUCUGCUCCAUGUUCUACAGGAAGUUUAGAAGCAACAUCACCUAAAAUACAGCUCACAGAGGGAGAAAGUGGGGCAAAACUAGAAGCUGACUUAGAGGGAAAAAGUGGUUUCCAUGGACCUGAUGUUCAUAUAAAGCUACCAAAGUUUUCAGUGUCGGGGACAUCAACAGUUACAUCUCCAGACACUGAAGUCCUUCUCCCAAAACCUGAAGCGGAUAUUUCAGAAGGUGACAUCAAACUCUCUGAGGGAAGCCUAAGAAUUCCCAAACUACCAACAAUUGAUGUGUCCAUUCCAAAAUUUGACCUCGAUAUAUCAUUGCCUAAAAGCCAAGGGAAUGCCAAAGGAGAAAAAUCCUCAGAUGUUGAUAUAGAUGGACCAAACCUGAAAAUGCAAGAUGUUGACAUAUCCUUACUCAAGGCUAAAGGUGUUGGUCCAGAAAUUGAGAUUGAUGAUGUUGGUGUUGGUCUUCCAAAAGGAAAAAUGAAAGGUCCAAAUGUAGAAAUAGAGGAUCCUGGGGGAAAAUUUAAAAUGCCUGGUAUCAAAAUGCCUAAAGUUGACAUAACUCUGCCAAAAGGAAAGAUUGAAGGCCCAGAGAUUACCACAGAAAGACCUGAAGCUGACCUAGAAGGAUCAGCAGGUGGAAAGUUCAAAAUGCCAAAUAUAAAAAUGCCAAAUGUUGACAUUUCUUUACCAAAAGGAACAUUUAAAGGCCCAGAAAUUGAUAUUGAGGGAUCAAAAUCUGGAAAUAUCAAUAUGCCAGAUGUUGAUAUAUCUCUUCCCAAAGGAAACAUAGAGGGGCCUGAGCUGGAAAUUGGAGGAAAAGGUGGAGGUUUCAAGAUCCCUCAUCCAAAUCUUCCUUCUGUUGAUAUCUCACUUCCAAAAGGAAAGCUUGAAGGUCCUGAUGUUGACAUAGAUGUUUAUAAAGGAGGGAAAUUUAAAAUCCCUGAUUUGAAAAUGCAUUCUGUUGACAUAACACUGCCCAAAGGAAAGGCCAAGGGUCCUGAAGUCAACAUAGAGACCCCGGGAGUACAUGUAGAAGCACAUAAGAAAGGAAAGUUUGAAAUGCCUCACAUCAAAAUGCCUGACAUUGACAUUUCUCUGCCCAAAGGGAAGGUUGAAGGUCCUGAAAUAGAUGCUGAGGGGGCAAAGGUAAAAAUGCCUGACAUCAAGAUGCCCAACAUUGAUAUAUCUUUACCAAAAGGAAAAGGGAAAGGUCUAGAAGCAGACGUUGAAGCAACUCUUCCUUCCAUUGAUAUUUCGCUUCCAAAAGAAAAAAUAGAAGGUCCAGAAGUUGAGAUCGAGGGGCCUAAAGGAAAGAAGUUCAAGAUGCCUCAUCUGAAAAUGCCAGAUGUGGACAUAUCCUUACCUAAGGCCAAAGGUGUUGGCCCAGAAGUUGAGAUUGAAGGAGGAGUGCCUUCUGUUGAUAUUUCACUUCCAAAAGGAAAGAUUGGAGGUCCAGAUGUAGAUAUAGAGGGUCCUGCAGGGGGAAAGUUCAAAAUGCCUUGUAUCAAUAUGCCUAAAGUUGACAUAAUUCUGCCAAAAGGAAAGAUUGAAGGCCCAGAGAUCACCACAGAAAGACCUGAAGCUCACCUAGAAGGAUCAGCAGGUGGAAAGUUCAAAAUGCCAAAUAUAAAAAUGCCAAAUGUUGACAUUUCUUUACCAAAAGGAACAUUUAAAGGCCCAGAAAUUGAUAUUGAGGGAUCAAAAUCUGGAAAAAUCAAUAUGCCAGAUGUUGAUAUAUCUCUUCCCAAAGGAAACAUAGAGGGGCCUGAGUUGGAAAUUGGAGGAAAAGGUGGAGGUUUCAAGAUCCCUCAUCCAAAUCUUCCUUCUGUUGAUAUCUCACUUCCAAAAGGAAAGCUUGAAGGUCCUGAUGUUGACAUAGAUGUUUCUAAAGGAGAGAAAUUUAAAAUCCCUGAUUUGAACAUGCCUUCUGUUGACAUAACACUGCCCAAAGGAAAGGCCAAGGGUCCUGAAGUCAACAUAGAGACCCCUGGAGUACAUGUAGAAGCACAUAAGAAAGGAAAGUUUGAAAUGCCUCACAUCAAAAUGCCUGACAUUGACAUUUCUCUGCCCAAAGGGAAGGUAGAAGGUCCUGAAAUAGAUGCUGAGGGGGCAAAGUUCAAAAUGCCUGACAUCAAGAUGCCCAACAUUGAUAUAUCUUUACCAAAAGGAAAAGGGAAAGGUAUAGAAAAAGACGUUGAAGCAACUCUUCCUUCCAUUGAUAUUUCACUUCCAAAAGGAAAAAUAAAAGGUCCAGAAGUUGAGAUCGAGAGGCUUAAAGGAAAGAAGUUCAAGAUGCCUCAUCUGAAAAUGCCAGAUGUGGACAUAUCCUUACCUAAGGCCAAAGGUGUUGGCCCAGACGUUGAGAUUGAAGCGGGACUACCGUCUGUUGAUAUUUCACUUCCAAAAGGAAAGAUUGAAGGUCCAGAUGUAGAUAUAGAGGGUUCUGCAGGGGGAAAGUUCAAAAUGCCUGGUAUCAAAAUGCCUAAAUUUGACAUAACUCUGCCAAAAGGAAAGAUUGAAGGCCCAGAGAUCACCACAGAAAGACCUGAAGCUCACCUAGAAGGAUCAGCAGGUGGAAAGUUCAAAAUGCCAAAUAUAAAAAUGCCAAAUGUUGACAUUUCUUUACCAAAAGGAACAUUUAAAGGCCCAGAAAUUGAUAUUGAGGGAUCAAAAUCUGGAAAAAUCAAUAUGCCAGAUGUUGACAUUUUUCUUCCCAAAGGAAACAUAGAGGGGCCUGAACUGGAUAUUGGAGGAAAAGGUGGAGGUUUCAAGAUCCCUCAUCCAAAUCUUCCUUCUGUUGAUAUCUCACUUCCAAAAGGAAAGCUUGAAGGUCCUGAUGUUGAUAUAGAUGUUUCUAAAGGAGGGAAAUUUAAAAUCCCUGAUUUCAAAAUGCCUUCUGUUGACAUAACACUGCCCAAAGGAAAGGCCAAGGGUCCCGACAUCAAUACAGAGACCCCCGGACUACACGUAGAAGCACAUAAGAAAGGAAAGUUUGACAUCCCUCACAUAAAAAUGCCUGACAUUGACAUUUCUCUGCCCAAAGGGAAGCUCGAAGGUUCUGAAAUAGAUGCUGAGGGGGCAAAGUUCAAAAUGCCAGACAUCAAGAUGCCCAACAUUGAUAUAUCUGUACCAAAAGGAAAAGGUCUAGAAGCAGACAUUGAAGCAACUCUUCCUUCCAUUGAUAUUUCACUUCCAAAAGGAAAAAUAGAAGGUCCAGAAGUUGAGAUCGAGGGGCCUAAAGGAAAGAAGUUCAAGAUGCCUCAUCUGAAAAUGCCAGAUGUGGACAUACCCUUACCUAAGGCCAAAGGUGUUGGCCCAGAGGUUGAGAUUGAAGGGGGACUACCAUCUGUUGAUAUUUCACUUCCAAAAGGAAAGAUUGAAGGUCCAGAUAUAGAUAUAGAGGGUCCUGCAGGGGGAAGGUUCAAAAUGCCUGGUAUCAAAAUGCCUAAAGUUGACUUAACUCUGCCAAAAGGAAAGAUUGAAGGCCCAGAGAUCACCACAGAAACACCUGAAGCUCACCUAGAAGGAUCAGCAGGUGGAAAGUUCAAAAUGCCAAAUAUAAAAAUGCCAAAGGUUGACAUUUCUUUACCAAAAGGAACAUUUAAAGGCCCAGAAAUUGAUAUUGAGGGAUCAAAAUCUGGAAAAAUCAAUAUGCCAGAUGUUAAUAUAUCUCUUCCCAAAGGAAACAUAGAGGGGCCUGAGCUGAAAGUUGGAGGAAAAGAUGGAGGUUUCAAGAUCCCUUAUCCAAAUCUCCCUUCUGUUGAUAUCUCACUUCCAAAAGGAAAGCUAGAAGGUCCUGAUGUCGAUAUAGAUGUUUCUAAAGGGGGGAAAUUUAAAAUCCCUGAUUUCAAAAUGCCUUCUGUUGACAUAACACUGCCCAAAGGAAAGGCCAAGGGUCCUGAAGUCAACAUAGAGACCCCGGGAGUACAUGUAGAAGCACAUAAGAAAGGAAAGUUUGAAAUGCCUCACAUCAAAAUGCCUGACAUUGACAUUUCUCUGCCCAAAGGGAAGGUAGAAGGUCCUGAAAUAGAUGCUGAGGGGGCAAAGGUCAAAAUGCCUGACAUUAAGAUGCCCAACAUUGGUAUAUCUUUACCAAAAGGGAAAGGUCUAGAAGCAGACAGUGAAGCAACUCUUCCUUCCAUUGAUAUUUCACUUCCAAAAGGAAAAAUAGAAGGUCCAGAAGUUAAGAUUGAGGGGCCUAAAGGAAAGAAGUUCAAGAUGCCUCAUCUGAAAAUGCCAGAUGUAGACAUAUCCUUACCUAAGGCCAAAGGUGUUGGCCCAGACGUUGAGAUUGAAGGGGGACUACCGUCUGUUGAUAUUUCACUUCCAAAAGGAAAGAUUGAAGGUCCAGAUGUAGAUAUAGAGGGUCCUGCAGGGGGAAAGUUCAAAAUGCCUGGUAUCAAAAUGCCUAAAGUUGACAUAACUCUGCCAAAAGGAAAGAUUGAAGGCCCAGAGAUCACCACAGAAAGACCUGAAGCUCACCUAGAAGGAUCAGCAGGUGGAAAGUUCAAAAUGCCAAAUAUAAAAAUGCCAAAUGUUGACAUUUCUUUACCAAAAGGAACAUUUAAAGGCCCAGAAAUUGAUAUUGAGGGAUCAAAAUCUGGAAAAAUCAAUAUGCCAGAUGUUGAUAUAUCUCUUCCCAAAGGAAACAUAGAGGAGCCUGAGCUGGAAAUUGGAGGAAAAGAUGGAGGUUUCAAGAUCCCUUAUCCAAAUCUCCCUUCUGUUGAUAUCUCACUUCCAAAAGGAAAGCUUGAAGGUCCUGAGGUCGAUAUAGAUGUUUCUAAAGGGGGGCAAUUUAAAAUCCCUGAUUUCAAAAUGCCUUCUGUUGACAUAACACUGCCCAAAGGAAAGGCCAAGGGUCCUGAAGUCAACAUAGAGACCCCGGGAGUACAUGUAGAAGCACAUAAGAAAGGAAAGUUUGAAAUGCCUCACAUCAAAAUGCCUGACAUUGACAUUUCUGUGCCCAAAGUCAAGGUCGAAGAUCCUGAAAUAGAUGCUGAGGGGGCAAAGGUCAAAAUUCCUGACAUUAAGAUGCCCAACAUUGGUAUAUCUUUACCAAAAGGGAAAGGUCAAGAAGCAGACAUUGAAGCAACUCUUCCUUCCAUCGAUAUUUCAUUUCCAAAAGGAAAAAUAGAAGGUCCAGAAGUUGAGAUUGAGGGGUCUAAAGGAAAGAAGUUCAAGAUGCCUCAUCUGAAAAUGCCAGAUGUAGACAUAUCCUUACCUAAGGCCAAAGGUGUUGGCCCUGACGUCGAGAUUAAAGGGGGACUACCGUCUGUUGAUAUUUCACUUCCAAAAGGAAAGAUUGAAGGUCCAGAUAUAGAUAUAGAUAUAGAGGGUCCUGCAGGGGAAAAGUUCAAAAUGCCUGGUAUCAAAAUGCCUAAAGUUGACAUAACUCUGCCAAAAGGAAAGAUUGAAGGCCCAGAGAUCACCACAGAAAGACCUGAAGCUCACCUAGAAGGAUCAGCAGGUGGAAAGUUCAAAAUGCCAAAUAUAAAAAUGCCAAAUGUUGACAUUUCUUUACCAAAAGGAACAUUUAAAGGCCCAGAAAUUGAUAUUGAGGGAUCAAAAUCUGGAAAAAUCAAUAUGCCAGAUGUUGAUAUAUCUCUUCCCAAAGGAAACAUAGAGGGGCCUGAGCUGGAUAUUGGAGGAAAAGGUGGAGGUUUCAAGAUCCCUCAUCCAAAUCUUCCUUCUGUUGAUAUCUCACUUCCAAAAGGAAAGCUUGAAGGUCCUGAUGUUGAUAUAGAUGUUUCUAAAGGAGGGAAAUUUAAAAUCCCUGAUUUCAAAAUACCUUCUGUUGACAUAACACUGCCCAAAGGAAAGGCCAAGGGUCCUGAAGUCAAUAUAGAGACCCCUGGAGUACAUGUAGAAGCACAUAAGAAAGGAAAGUUUGAAAUGCCUCACAUCAAAAUGCCUGACAUUGACAUUUCUCUGCCCAAAGGGAAGGUUGAAGGUCCUGAAAUAGAUGCUGAGGGGGCAAAGUUCAAAAUGCCUGACAUCAGGAUGCCCAACAUUGAUAUAUCUGUACCAAAAGGAAAAGGUCUAGAAGCAGACAUUGAAGCAACUCUUCCUUCCAUUGAUAUUUCACUUCCAAAAGGAAAAAUAGAAGGUCCAGAAGUUGAGAUUGAGGGGCCUAAAGGAAAGAAGUUCAAGAUGCCUCAUCUGAAAAUGCCAGAUGUAGACAUAUCCUUACCUAAGGCCAAAGGUGUUGGCCCUGACGUCGAGAUUAAAGGGGGACUACCGUCUGUUGAUAUUUCACUUCCAAAAGGAAAGAUUGAAGGUCCAGAUAUAGAUAUAGAUAUAGAGGGUCCUGCAGGGGGAAAGUUCAAAAUGCCUGGUAUCAAAAUGCCUAAAGUUGACAUAACUCUGCCAAAAGGAAAGAUUGAAGGCCCAGAGAUCACCACAGAAAGACCUGAAGCUCACCUAGAAGGAUCAGCAGGUGGAAAGUUCAAAAUGCCAAAUAUAAAAAUGCCAAAUGUUGACAUUUCUUUACCAAAAGGAACAUUUAAAGGCCCAGAAAUUGAUAUUGAGGGAUCAAAAUCUGGAAAAAUCAAUAUGCCAGAUGUUGAUAUAUCUCUUCCCAAAGGAAACAUAGAGGGGCCUGAGCUGGAUAUUGGAGGAAAAGGUGGAGGUUUCAAGAUCCCUCAUCCAAAUCUUCCUUCUGUUGAUAUCUCACUUCCAAAAGGAAAGCUUGAAGGUCCUGAUGUUGAUAUAGAUGUUUCUAAAGGAGGGAAAUUUAAAAUCCCUGAUUUCAAAAUACCUUCUGUUGACAUAACACUGCCCAAAGGAAAGGCCAAGGGUCCUGAAGUCAAUAUAGAGACCCCUGGAGUACAUGUAGAAGCACAUAAGAAAGGAAAGUUUGAAAUGCCUCACAUCAAAAUGCCUGACAUUGACAUUUCUCUGCCCAAAGGGAAGGUUGAAGGUCCUGAAAUAGAUGCUGAGGGGGCAAAGUUCAAAAUGCCUGACAUCAGGAUGCCCAACAUUGAUAUAUCUGUACCAAAAGGAAAAGGUCUAGAAGCAGACAUUGAAGCAACUCUUCCUUCCAUUGAUAUUUCACUUCCAAAAGGAAAAAUAGAAGGUCCAGAAGUUGAGAUUGAGGGGCCUAAAGGAAAGAAGUUCAAGAUGCCUCAUCUGAAAAUGCCAGAUGUAGACAUAUCCUUACCUAAGGCCAAAGGUGUUGGCCCUGACGUCGAGAUUAAAGGGGGACUACCGUCUGUUGACAUUUCACUCCCUAAAGGAAAUAUUGGAGGUCCAGAUGUAGAUAUAGAGGGUCCUGCAGGGGGAAAGUUCAAAAUGCCUGGUAUCAAAAUGCCUAAAGUUGACAUAACUCUGCCAAAAGGAAAGAUUGAAGGCCCAGAGAUCACCACAGAAAGACCUGAAGCUCACCUAGAAGGAUCAGCAGGUGGAAAGUUCAAAAUGCCAAAUAUAAAAAUGCCAAAUGUUGACAUUUCUUUACCAAAAGGAACAUUUAAAGGCCCAGAAAUUGAUAUUGAGGGAUCAAAAUCUGGAAAAAUCAAUAUGCCAGAUGUUGAUAUAUCUCUUCCCAAAGGAAACAUAGAGGGGCCUGAGCUGGAUAUUGGAGGAAAAGGUGGAGGUUUCAAGAUCCCUCAUCCAAAUCUUCCUUCUGUUGAUAUUUCACUUCCAAAAGGAAAGCUUGAAGGUCCUGAUGUUGAUAUAGAUGUUUCUAAAGGAGGGAAAUUUAAAAUCCCUGAUUUCAAAAUACCUUCUGUUGACAUAACACUGCCCAAAGGAAAGGCCAAGGGUCCUGAAGUCAACAUAGAGACCCCUGGAGUACAUGUAGAAGCACAUAAGAAAGGAAAGUUUGAAAUGCCUCACAUCAAAAUGCCUGACAUUGAUAUUUCUCUGCCCAAAGGGAAGGUUGAAGGUCCUGAAAUAGAUGCUGAGGGGGCAAAGUUCAAAAUGCCUGACAUCAGGAUGCCCAACAUUGAUAUAUCUGUACCAAAAGGAAAAGGUCUAGAAGCAGACAUUGAAGCAACUCUUCCUUCCAUUGAUAUUUCACUUCCAAAAGGAAAAAUAGAAGGUCCAGAAGUUGAGAUUGAGGGGCCUAAAGGAAAGAAGUUCAAGAUGCCUCAUCUGAAAAUGCCAGAUGUAGACAUAUCCUUACCUAAGGCCAAAGGUGUUGAACCAGAGGUUGAGAUUAAAGGGGGACUACCGUCUGUUGAUAUUUCACUUCCAAAAGGAAAGAUUGGAGGUCCAGAUGUAGAUACAGAGGGUCCUGCAGGGGGAAAGUUCAAAAUGCCUGGUAUCAAAAUACCUAAAGUUGACAUAACUCUGCCAAAAGGAAAGAUUGAAGGCCCAGAGAUUACCACAGAAAGACCUGAAGCUCACCUAGAAGGAUCAGCAGGUGGAAAGUUCAAAAUGCCAAAUAUAAAAAUGCCAAAUGUUGACAUUUCUUUACCAAAAGGAACAUUUAAAGGCCCAGAAAUUGAUAUUGAGGGAUCAAAAUCUGGAAAAAUCAAUAUGCCAGAUGUUGAUAUAUCUCUUCCCAAAGGGAACAUAGAGGGGCCUGAGCUGGAAAUUGGAGGAAAAGGUGGAGGUUUCAAGAUCCCUCAUCCAAAUCUUCCUUCUGUUGAUAUCUCACUUCCAAAAGGAAAGCUUGAAGGUCCUGAUGUUGAUAUAGAUGUUUCUAAAGGAGGGAAAUUUAAAAUCCCUGAUUUGAACAAGCCUUCUGUUGACAUAACACUGCCCAAAGGAAAGGCCAAGGGUCCUGAAGUCAACAUAGAGACCCCUGGAGUACAUGUAGAAGCACAUAAGAAAGGAAAGUUUGAAAUGCCUCACAUCAAAAUGCCUGACAUUGACAUUUCUCUGCCCAAAGGGAAGGUCGAAGGUCCUGAAAUAGAUGCUGAGGGGGCAAAGUUCAAAAUGCCUGACAUCAAGAUGCCCAACAUUGAUAUAUCUUUACCAAAAGGAAAAGGGAAAGGUCUAGAAGCAGAUGUUGAAGCAACUCUUCCUUCCAUUGAUAUUUCACUUCCAAAAGGAAAACUGGAAGGUCCAGAAGUUGAGAUCGAGGGGCCUAAAGGAAAGAAGUUCAAGAUGCCUCAUCUGAAAAUGCCAGAUGUAGACAUAUCCUUACCUAAGGCCAAAGGUGUUGGCCCAGAGGUUGAGAUUGAAGCGGGACUACCGUCUGUUGAUAUUUCACUUCCAAAAGGAAAAAUAGAAGGUCCAGAAAUUGAGAUCGAGGGGCCUAAAGGAAAGAAGUUCAAGAUGCCUCAUCUGAAAAUGCCAGAUGUGGACAUAUCCUUAACUAAGGCCAAAGGUGUUGGCCCUGACGUCGAGAUUAAAGGGGGACUACCGUCUGUUGACAUUUCACUCCCUAAAGGAAAUAUUGGAGGUCCAGAUGUAGAUAUAGAGGGUCCUGCAGGGGGAAAGUUCAAAAUGCCUGGUAUCAAAAUGCCUAAAGUUGACAUAACUCUGCCAAAAGGAAAGAUUGAAGGCCCAGAGAUCACCACAGAAAGACCUGAAGCUCACCUAGAAGGAUCAGCAGGUGGUAAGUUCAAAAUGCCAAAUAUAAAAAUGCCAAAUGUUGACAUUUCUUUACCAAAAAGAAAAUUUAAAGGCCCAGAAAUUGAUGUUGAAGGAUCAAAACCUGGAAAUAUCAAUAUGCCAGAUGUUGAUAUAUCUCUUCCCAAAGGAAAUAUAGAAGGACCUGAGCUUGAAAUUGUAGGAAAAAGUGGAAGUUUCAAGAUCCCUCAUCCAAAGCUUCCCUCUGUUGAUAUCUCACUUCCAAAAGGAAAGCUUGAAGGUCCUGAUGUCGAUAUAGAUGUUUCUAAAGGGGGGACAUUUAAAUAUCCUGAUUUCAAAAUGCGUUCUGUUGACAUAACACUGCCCAAAGGAAAGGCCAAGGGUCCUGAAGUCAACAUAGAGACCCCCGGAGUACAUGUAGAAGCACAUAAGAAAGGAAAGUUUGAAAUGCCUCACAUCAAAAUGCCUGACAUUGACAUUUCUCUGCCCAAAGGGAAGGUCGAAGUUCCUGAAAUAGAUACUAAGGGGGCAAAGUUCAAAAUGCCUGACAUCAAGAUGCCCAACAUUGAUAUAUCUUUACCAAAAGGAAAAGGGAAAGGCCUAGAAGCAGACAUUGAAGCAACUCUUCCUUCCACUGAUAUUUCGCUUCCAAAAGGAAAAAUAGAAGGUUCUGAAGUUGAGAUCGAGAGGCCUAAAGGAAAGAAGUUCAAGAUGCCUCAUCUGAAAAUGCCAGAUGUGGACAUAUCCUUACCUAAGGCCAAAGGCGUUGGCCAAGAGGUUGAGAUUGAAGGAGGAGUGCCUUCUGUUGAUAUUUCACUUCCAAAAGGAAAGAUUGGAGGUCCAGAUGUAGAUAUAGAGGGUCCUGCAGGGGGAAAGUUCAAAAUGCCUGGUAUCAAAAUGCCUAAAAUUGACAUAACUCCCCCAAAAGGAAAGAUUGAAGGUCCAGAGAUCACAACAGAAAGACCUGAAGCUGACCUAGAAGUAUCAGCAAGUGGAAAGUUCAAAAUGCCAAAUAUAAAAAUGCCAAAUGUUGACAUUUCUUUACCAAAAGGAACAUUUAAAGGCCCAGAAAUUGAUAUUGAGGGAUCAAAAUCUGGAAAAAUCAAUAUGCCAGAUGUUGAUAUAUCUCUUCCCAAAGGGAACAUAGAGGGGCCUGAGCUGGAAAUUGGAGGAAAAGGUGGAGGUUUCAAGAUCCCUCAUCCAAAUCUUCCUUCUGUUGAUAUCUCACUUCCAAAAGGAAAGCUUGAAGGUCCUGAUGUUGAUAUAGAUGUUUCUAAAGGAGGGAAAUUUAAAAUCCCUGAUUUGAACAUGCCUUCUGUUGACAUAACACUGCCCAAAGGAAAGGCCAAGCGUCCUGAAGUCAACAUAGAGACCCCUGGAGUACAUGUAGAAGCGCAUAAGAAAGGAAAGUUUGAAAUGCCUCACAUCAAAAUGCCUGACAUUGACAUUUCUCUGCCCAAAGGGAAGGUCCAAGGUCCUGAAAUAGAUGCUGAGGGGGCAAAGUUCAAAAUGCCUGACAUCAGGAUGCCCAACAUUGAUAUAUCUUUACCAAAAGGAAAAGGGAAAGGUCUAGAAGCAGACGUUGAAGCAACUCUUCCUUCCAUUGAUAUUUCACUUCCAAAAGGAAAAAUAGAAGGUCCAGAAAUUGAGAUCGAGAUGCCUAAAGGAAAGAAGUUCAAGAUGCCUCAUCUGAAAAUGCCAGAUGUGGACAUAUCCUUAACUAAGGCCAAAGGUGUUGGCCCAGAGGUUGAGAUUGAAGAGGGACUACCGUCUGUUGACAUUUCACUCCCUAAAGGAAAUAUUGGAGGUCCAGAUGUAGAUAUAGAGGGUCCUGCAGGGGGAAAGUUCAAAAUGCCUGGUAUCAAAAUGCCUAAAGUUGACAUAACUCUGCCAAAAGGAAAGAUUGAAGGCCCAGAGAUCACCACAGAAAGACCUGAAGCUCACCUAGAAGGAUCAGCAGGUGGUAAGUUCAAAAUGCCAAAUAUGAAAAUGCCAAAUGUUGACAUUUCUUUACCAAAAGGAAAAUUUAAAGGCCCAGAAAUUGAUGUUGAAGGAUCAAAACCUGGAAAAAUCAAUAUGCCAGAUGUUGAUAUAUCUCUUCCCAAAGGAAACAUAGAAGGACCUGAGCUGGAAAUUGGAGGAAAAAGUGGAAGUUUCAAGAUCCCUCAUCCAAAGCUUCCCUCUGUUGAUAUCUCACUUCCAAAAGGAAAGCUUGAAGGUCCUGAUGUCGAUAUAGAUGUUUCUAAAGGGGGGAAAUUUAAAAAUCCUGAUUUCAAAAUGCCUUCUGUUGACAUAACGCUGCCCAAAGGAAAGGCCAAGGGUCCUGAAGUCAACAUAGAGACCCCCGGAGUACAUGUAGAAGCACAUAAGAAAGGAAAGUUUGAAAUGCCUCACAUCAAAAUGCCUGACAUUGACAUUUCUCUGCCCAAAGGGAAGGUCGAAGUUCCUGAAAUAGAUACUGAGGGGGCAAAGUUCAAAAUGCCUGACAUCAAGAUGCCCAACAUUGAUAUAUCUUUACCAAAAGGAAAAGGGAAAGGCCUAGAAGCAGACAUUGAAGCAACUCUUCCUUCCACUGAUAUUUCGCUUCCAAAAGGAAAAAUAGAAGGUUCCGAAGUUGAGAUCGAGAGGCCUAAAGGAAAGAAGUUCAAGAUGCCUCAUCUGAAAAUGCCAGAUGUGGACAUAUCCUUACCUAAGGCCAAAGGUGUUGGCCCAGAGGUUGAGAUUGAAGGGGGAGUGCCUUCUGUUGAUAUUUCACUUCCAAAAGGAAAGAUUGGAGGUCCAGAUGUAGAUAUAGAGGGUCCUGCAGGGGGAAAGUUCAAAUUGCCUGGUAUCAAAAUGCCUAAAAUUGACAUAACUCCCCCAAAAGGAAAGAUUGAAGGUCCAGAGAUCACAACAGAAAGACCUGAAGCUGACCUAGAAGUAUCAGCAGGUGGAAAGUUCAAAGUACCAAAUAUAAAAAUGCCAAAUGUUGACAUUUCUUUAUCAAAAGGAAAAUUUAAAAGCCCAGAAACUGACAUUGAGCGAUCAAAAUCUGGAAAAAUCAGCAUGCCAGAUGUUGAUAUAUCUCUUCCCAAAGGAAACAUAAAGGGGCCUGAGCUGGAAAUUGGAGGAAAAGGUGAAAGUUUCAAGAUCCCUCAUCCAAAUCUUCCUUCCGUUGAUAUCUCACUUCCAAAAGGAAACCUUGAUGGUCCUGAUAUUGACGUAGAUCUUUCUAAAGAAGGGAAAUUAAAGAUGCCCGAUCUGAAAAUGCCGUCUGUUGACAUAACUCUUCCCAAAGUGACGGCCAAGGGCCCUGAAAUCAACAUAGAGACACCUGCAGUUCAUGUAGAAGGACAAAAGAAAGGGAAAUUUGAAAUGCCUCAUAUCAACAUGCCAGAUAUUGAUAUUUCUCUGCCCAAAGGGAAGGUCGAAGGUCCUGAAAUACAUACUGAUGGGGCAAAGUUCAAAAUGCCUGAAAUCAAGAUGCCUAACAUCAACACAGAACAAGCAGGUGCUCAUCUAGAAGGAUCAACAAGUGGAAGGUUGCCUGAUAUGAAAUUUCCCCCCUCACUUGGGGUUUCUCAAUCCCCACCCAAGUCUGAAACUGAUUUUGGAUUAGGUGGCAAAGUUAAGUUAAGUAUAGAUUCACCAGAAAAAGGUCAGAAUACUUGUGAAGUUGACAAAACUAAAGCAAAAGUUAAAGGAACUAAAUUUAACAUAGGAAUGCCAAAAAUGAAAGUACAUAAAGAUAAAGUAGGAGCAGAUAGAAAAGAGCCUGCAAUCUCAAUGCACAGCAGCAAUUUGGAAGGAAAAGAUGUUAUAAGCAUCUCAGCUCCAGGAAUACCACUCCAAGUAGGAACAAGGUCCAAGGGUGCUAUCUCAGGAAAAGUUCAGGCACCCAGGAUCCCAGACAUUGAUUUUGAUAUCGGCAUGUCACCAGAGGAUGAGGAUAUUCAAAUGUUCAAAGACACUACAGUUAAAAUACCUACAUCUGGUGUCCCAUUACCCUCCUUGUCUACCCCAGAGGGAAGGUUAGAGUUUUAUGGACAAGAGAUUGAAUAUUUAGGUCCAAAGGUUCCAAAGGUGAAGAGAGCUGUUUUUGUCCUUGUAAAUCCUGAUGAGUCUGUAAGUCCUAGUUCUAAGCCUUUACAAACAGCUAAUGCCGAACCAGGGUCCAUGGAAAUGCAGCCAACCUUUAGGAAGUCAUAUCAACAGUUUUCUGCAGAAAUGGAGCAGUUAAAGGGAAAAGGAAUGGAGAUGACCCAUGGUUUGCUUUCAACAGCUAAAACCGAGUCAUUCCACGUAACAACAAUAGAGGAAUCAAUUCAUGCAACUCACCGUGCAGAAAAACAUUUUAUUAAGAAUGAAAAGGGAGCAAUUAGUACUGAAAUUAAACUUCCUAAAGUUGAGAUAACAUCACCAUCUAGACAGAUAUCUCCAAAACAAGAGGCCUCAGAUAUUGGUGGAAAACUAGGAGCACAAUCCUCACUGAUGAGCAAAGAAGCCAGUGGAGCUGAUUUUGAGUCUAUGCCAGGCACGCUGCAUCUGUCAAAAGAACUACUGUCAUCAGGUGUGAGAAGAGAGCGAAGGGAGGGCUCUGCAUCCCCUUCACACUUCACCACAGAGAGCUCAGCCAGGGUUCUGACCUGGUCAGAGGUGGACUCUAAGAGAACAGAACUCCAUUCCGAAGACAAGGAUUCCUCCCCAUGGUUCAGGGUUCCCAAGUUUUCCCUGAAGCCCCACUCUACCGGCUUCCUGCAGAUUACUCCGGAGGGCUCUCCUCAAGCCCAGCGCAGGGGCGAGGUUGGAGGGGAGCUGGAUGUCUCAGGCUCUUUCUGCCUCCACACUUCAGGUAUCUCCACCCAGCAAGUGUUUGAGGAGCACCAUUCCUCAAGUAUCUCCACCCAGCAAGUGUUUGAGGAGCAUCACAUCUCAAGUAUCUCCACCCAGCACACACGUGAGGAACAUACACGUGAGGAGCACCCAGGGCUGCCCUAUGAAGGCAUGGUCACUGUGCAGAGCCAGAAGAGACACACAGCCCACACAGACACGCCCCCCAUUGGACCUUCAACUCCCGCGGAGGGAGCUGGACACUGAGCAACUGCUGUUAGCCUCCUUACGGGCUGCUGUUUAUAGUUUUUUUUUUUUAUUAUAAAUAUUUAUUUUCAUAUGUUUUGUGUAGUUAAUAUUAAAAAUGGCGAUUGUAGGCGUUACAUGUAUUUAUUGUGGUCAAGUUUGAUUAAUACAUUAUUUGUGUUCAUUCUGCUGGAGUUUUUAUUAUUUAUUUUUCCUGUGUAAGGUGUGUACCAUGGUAUCAGACAGUGCACUUUUUGUACAUACAUCUCAUAUGACUCUUUUAGCAUAACGCAGUCUGCUUUCAGAAGCAGCUGAGCCAGCCUGACCUCACACUCAACAUGAGGAGCUGUUGUGUUUUUGUUUUUCACAGAUAAGCUCAGAGCUAAGGGCAAGGGUGUCGGCGUCUCAGUAUCAAAUUUUUUUUUAAUUGUUUUAAAUUGUAAUAUUAUUUUUAUUUUCUUUUAGCAGGUUUUUCAUGCCUGUACUUGUUAUCAGAGGUGGGUAGAAUAGCCAUAGUGUACUCAAGUAAGAGUAGUAAAAUAAUAAUACUCAAGUAGUCCAAGAAAUGAUUCAAGUGCUACUCAAGUAAGAAUAAGCGUCUUAGUCUGUACAAUCAGUUUAUAAAUCAGAUGUUGCGUCCCGACAGUUGCUCUUAAAGUUACUAUUACUUGAGUAAUAAUUUUCCCAAAUACCUUUUACACUGUUACUUGAUUAAUUUCUGGAACCACUAGCUUGUACUUCUACUUGAGUAAUAUGAUUUGGAAUAAUGUUACUCUUACUUGAGUAAAACUUUGGCUUUAUACCUGAAAACAGAUUAAUUUGUGUGCUCCCAUAACCCAUUGAUGAGGUUACAAGGUUGAAUCCACUUGGACCCUCAUCUGGACUUGCAAUUGAACAUAAUGUUUAUAGAAUAUGUGAACAAAUCUAAAUAUAUUUAUUAUGCAGAGUGCUGAGUGCCACACUGAGAGCCUGUCAGCGUGUGGUCCUUAUAUAUGCUGCUGGUAUUAUCAUGAUGCAUACUCUCUAGUUUCCUGUGACAUGGCAUUCGGACUUCAGUACUGCUGAAAGUAUUCUUGUACAUAGGUGUUCAUUGGUUUUGUUUAUUGACUGAAGAAUGUUUCCACAUAUUGGGUUGGGUUGAAAUGGCUGGAAUAAGGUGUAGCAUGUGAAUCUCCACUGUAUUGGCAAGCUGUGUUUUGUGUCGUCUAAAUGAAUGUAUGCGGUAAAUAUUAGGCUGUAAUAAAGAUAAAUUAUUGCC